AUGGCGUGCCUGAAUACGCUGAAGCUAGAAAUCAAAACGCUCGAGCAGGUCUUCCCGAAGAACCAUGAACGGUUCCAAAUCCUUAGCGCCACGGUGGACGAACUGUGCUGCCGCUUCAUCGGUCGCAACGGCAAGCAAUACGUAAUCCAUGCCAACAUUACGGAAACGUAUCCAUCCACGCCUCCAGUAUGGUUCGCCGAAAGCGAGGACACAAGUAUUAGCAACGCUGUACAAAUACUAACGAAUACGAACGGUUUAGAUAAUCAUGUUGUAAAUCAGGUACACAUACUGUUACGCGAACUCUGCCGGCAGCACACGGUUCCACUACCUCCCGAUCUGGAAACGCUGAAGAAAGCCUUCCAGCCGAAUGGUGGCGCAGCCGGGGCACACCUACAUGCAGCCGCCCAUCUCCAGCAUGGCAUGCCACCACAGCAGUUACUUUCGGCGCACCAGCAACAGCAGCAGCAACAUCAGCAACUUCAGCUGCAACACCAGCAACAGGCGAUCGAUGAGAUCGACUCCGACUGUGAUGAUAUCGAGGAUGUGGUCGGCGAAAGCGACCAGGAAAGUGAAGGUGAAGAGGAUUUGCCCCUCGAGAUGGACGAUGGCCGCAGCACGGCGAAGAAAGACGAAAUGGAAGUAGAACAUUUAGCAACAUUGGAAAGAUUACGACAAACGCAACGGCAGGAUUAUUUGAAGGGUUCCGUGUCUGGUUCGGUGCAGGCGACGGAUAGACUUAUGAAGGAGCUGCGUGACAUCUACCGGUCCGAUUCGUUCAAAAACAACAUGUACUCGAUAGAGCUAGUAAACGAUUCCAUUUACGAGUGGAACAUCCGUCUCAUGUCGGUCGACCCGGACAGUCCGCUGCACAACGAUCUGGUAUUGCUAAAGGAGCGCGAAGGCAAGGACAGCAUACUGCUGAACAUCAUGUUCAAGGAAACGUACCCUUUCGAGCCACCGUUCGUGCGGGUCGUGCAUCCGAUCAUAUCCGGCGGCUACGUCCUGGUAGGUGGUGCCAUCUGCAUGGAGCUGCUCACGAAACAGGGCUGGAGCUCAGCUUACACCGUGGAAGCGGUCAUUAUGCAAAUAGCGGCCACACUAGUCAAGGGCAAGGCGCGAAUACAGUUCGGCCCUACGAAGUCUCUUUCACAGGGUCAGUACAGCUUAGCUAGAGCGCAGCAAAGUUUCAAAUCGCUCGUGCAAAUCCACGAAAAGAACGGAUGGUUUACACCGCCCAAAGAGGACGGUUAA